UGCGCUUGGUACGAAAUGGGGGGAAUCUUAUAAACACAAUAUAUCUCUCUGAAAAUCCCUCAUUUCUGUAGUGCUCGCGGCUUUUUCAACAUCGACAUCGAAAAAAUAAAUGGUGGCAGUGUUGAAGCAGACGACAAAAUGAAAUUACUCGUGUUUCUCCUCCCUGUGGUACUCUCCAUAUCCCGCCAACCCAAAGAAAUCGCCCAAAGACGCCAACUUCUCGGCUACAUCAACAACAUUAUUCACGAAAACCCCAAUUAUCCCGAUCAAUCAGCCCAAAGUUCAGUCAAAGUCAACUUCAAUCCAGACCAAUCCCAACUAUUCAACGUUGGAUACAGUGUCCGGUUUACCAAUGGUAAACCACCUGUAAAAUACACCAACAAUUUGGAAAAUGCUGAAAUCAUAACUGGAACUAGAAAAGAAAACGAACAAGUCCAAAGUCCACAGGAUUUUAUCAGUAGCAAAAAACAUAAAAUUUCAGGAAUUAAACCGAAACCUCAAGUCGUUUCGACUUAUCCAAAUCCGAAAAUUUUACUAACACAAGCCAAUUUGUCACCAGCCACGCAAAAAUACUACAAGACAUUGGAACAAGCCAAACCACAAGUCGCAAACGUGCAAGAUUUACAACAAAAGUACUCGUGGAGGAAUUUGGGGCCGGGUGUGGAAAUCAUUAAAAGUACUGAAGUCCCAACGAGUUUUGGACGUGGACGUAGUCAGGAUUUCGACCAAUCGAACGCUCUUGAAAACCAACAAGUUUUGUACUUCAAACAACAACAGCAAGUCCCAAUUGGGGCCACGUCGCUGUUACGACAACAACAACAACAACAACAGCAAGUCCCAAUUGUGGCCAAAUACCCCAUUGACACGUCGCUGUUACGCGAACAAGUCCCAAUUCUGUAUGCAAAUCCUAGUACUAAAUACCAAGAUCAGCGAGUUCAAGAGGUUAAUUAUCUCCAACAAGCGUAUAGGACGAUCCCAGAGAGUUCGCAAUUGAGGCCAGUCCAAAUCGUUUAUCAACAAGAACAGGAGUACCAACCGGAACAAAGCCGUUUUCAGUAUAAAAUUUACGGAAAAGCUCAACCAAUCAACAGACAAACAACUGAAGAAACAGUUUUACGUCAACCGAGAUUUUUGAAAGAUUUGUACACGAAUAUGCGACCACCCAAUUAUCAAAGAAUUGUACGAGUGUACAAAUAAUUAUGAUAAUUUCUUGACUGUUUAGUUGUUUAAGUUUUUAUUUAUUGCUAUGUUACAGAAUUUUUCAAUAAAGUGUGUUUCAGUUGUA